AUAUACAAGCACCACGUCCAUAGGAAAGGAUGACGUUCUACGAGCUACUCCUCUUCCCAAUCUCCAUCACCCUUCUCGCCGUCAUAAUCCUUUCCCGAUUUCUCUCCGCCCCUACAUCUCCCAAAAAGCCGCUUCCGCCGGGUCCAAAACCAUGGCCGAUCGUCGGAAACCUCCCUCACAUAGGGAAAAAACCUCACGUCUCCCUCCAAAACUUCUCCAACAUCUACGGCCGUGACCUCAUCUCCCUCCGCCUCGGCUCGCAACUUCUAAUCGUUGCAUCUUCUCCAGCGGCCGCCUCCCAGAUCCUGAAAACACACGACCGCAUCCUCUCCGACAGAUACGUCCCCAGAGCGCUGCCUUACGACACGGCGGAGCUCGACCGCAAGUCAGUCGCUUGGGCGUCCAACUGCAACGACCACUGGAAGGCCUUCAAAGCCAUGUUCAGGAACCACGUCGCCUCGGCCAGGGCGAUCGAGUCUCAAGCAGCCGUCAGGGAGAGGAAGGUCGCCGAGAUGGUGGAAUUUCUCGAGGGGAAGUUAGGGGAGUCGGUUUGUAUCGGGGAAGUGGUUUUCGCUGUCAUCUUCGAUUCGAUGUCGAAUCUCAUCUUCUCCCGAGAUUACAUCGGGUUCGAGAGAAACGAGACCGCGAAUCGAGUGAAAUCGCUGAUUCGGAGGUUGAUGGAAUUGGAUGCUUCCCCUAAUCUCGCCGAUUUUUUCCCGGUUCUAAAGAAUUUGGAUCCCCAGGGGCUCAGACGCGAGUCAAUCCGUCGUUGCAAUGAGCUCCACUCUCUUACACAGCCUGUCAUCAAAGAGAGGAGAGAGGGUCAAGAGCGCCCUGGUGCUAAAGACUUUUUGGAUAUUCUCCUGGAAAAUGGACUCGAUGAUGACCAAAUUGACUGGUUGAGUCUGGAACUGUUCUCUGCUGGAACAGAUACUAACACAUCCACAAUAGAGUGGGCGAUGGCAGAGCUGAUUCGAAACAGGGGAGCGAUGAACAAACUGCGGGAGGAGCUAAAGAGAGAAUUGUUGCCACCCAUAUCGGGGAAACCGCUGAUCGACGAAUCCACUGUGGCUCGACUUCCUUACUUGAACGCAAUCGUGAAGGAGACGCUGAGGCUUCAUCCGCCGGCGGCCCUGUUGGCACCGCACCGAGCGUCCGAGGCUUGCGAGGUGAUGAAUUACACAAUUCCUAAGGGGGCUCAGGUUGCAGUCAACUUGUGGGCGAUAGGGAGGGAUCCGAUGGUAUGGGAGGAUGAUCCGGGUAUGUUUAAGCCUGAGAGGUUUAUUGGGUCGAAAGUUGAUUUUAGAGGGCAAGAUUUCGAGUUGCUGUCAUUUGGCGCUGGGAGGAGGAUGUGCCCAGGAAUGCCGUUGGCUGCCAGGCAGAUCCCAUUAGUUUUGGCUGCCUUGGUUCAUAUAUUCGAUUGGCGUCUUCCUAACGGAGAAGACCCGGUGAAAUUGGAUAUGAGUGAGAGGUUUGGAAUCACGUUGCAAAAGGAACUUCCUCUUGUUCUUAUUCCCCAUCGGAGUUCAUUUUGA